AUGAUGGCGAGUACAACAUGUACUGGUGAAGGAGUGAAUAACCGCUUGGGCGAUACAGUGGGUCAAAGUGCCAAACAAGCAUCUAGACAAUCAUCGACGUUACGCGAGUUUCAAGUUCGUUCUCGACAAAAAAGUUCCAACGGUACAAGUAGGCGACGACGACGAAGACGAGUUGUCAACGGUGGAUCGGCUACAACAACCAAAUCCACGAGUAGUCCACGAGGUGGUCCAAGUGGGAGUAGUUGUAGUGGUAGUGGCAGUGCAAGGAGACAGAGACGAUCUACUGGCACUCUUGGCAACCCCUCUGCUACUAGAAGCAACAAUCGACCGAGUGCUACUCGUCUCCGACAAUCUCCAACGGUUCGAGCAUCCCCUCAUUUGUUGGCGUUCCACGUACCCAACGGUCCACGACGACGAAUUGGUACUAGCAGUAGAGCCAGUAGUGCAAGUAGUAAUCGACGCGUGAGAACCAAGCGGUAUCGUUGCCGGCGGUACACCAUGUUGCUCGAGGAAGGACAAGAAGAAGACGAAGAGCAGAGUGUGCAAGAGCAACUGUUGCUAGUAGCAGAUGAAGAUCAUGGCAAAGUGGAAGACGAUGAUGAUGACCACUCGAUCUCGUCGGAGCAAGUCCAGGCACGCAAUGCCUACUGGGAAUCGCUCUUGAACACGGCUUUGACACAGUUGCCAACGUCCGAAACCGAAGACUCCAAGGAAGACAGUACUAAUGAAGACAGUAGUAGCCGCAGUAGUAGUACCAGUUGUGGUGAGGAGGAGGAUGUGACAGAGACGAGUGAGGGUUUCUCUCAGUUGCAAGAUUUGGAAGGAGAUUGGACCGACUUGACGAAAGAUCCUCAAGUUCUCUUGGGCAUUGAGUUUCACGGACCCCUCGAAGAUUACUCCGUGCCUCGCACAUCCAGUCUCGCAGACUUGUUGUGGGCUCGAGACUACACAACUGCAGAAGAACGCAUCUUGACGCAUCCCGAAGAAACCGCCGUCUUUGUCGAUUUGCCCGCUCAAGUCACUACCACGAGCAAAGCCCGAGGUCUGCCCCUGCACUUGGCUGCUGCCAUGAGACCGUUGCCGCCCUUGUCCAUCUUUCAGUUGCUCCUCAGUGUGCAUCCCGAUGCAUCGCAUCAACCCGAAGCCAAGUGGGGAUUGCUACCCCUCCAUUUGGCCGUCAAUCUGCGUCCGUCCAACGACAAUGACAAGUUGCUCGUGACAACCAAAACCAACACUACCAAGUCUGACAUGAUGAUUCCCAUUUUGGAAACACUCUUGGCUGCCAAUCCCGCCGCGGUGGUCAUGAAGGAACUCUAUCAAGGACGCACCCCACUUCAUGUUGCGGUAUCCACUACGCAACAGUCCAUGGAUGGACGCAUUCCCCCUGUAUCGCAUCAAGUAUUGACGUGCCUUUUAGAGUACAUUCCAUCCACGGAAGCACUCUGGGAAACCGAUUCUUGGGGCGAUGCCGCCUACGACAUUGCUCUCCGAGAAUCCUCCACGGCGCGAUCGUUCGUACUGCUCGACAACAAGGAUCAAAACAAUUGGAAACCAAAUCCACUCUGGCAAUUGGCGCCCACACAUACUACCAAUGGCGGAAAUGGUGGAAGCAGCUACUAUGGCUGUCCCGAUCAAAAGCAUUUGGAAACCAUGAAGAAACUAUUGCAGCAAACACCACCACCCGAAGACCAUAGUUUUCACACGGAUGCUACUUCGGUGACCGUCAGUCUCUCUUGUGCCAGUUUCGUUACCGAAGCCAAUGAUGAUUCCAAAGUGGAAGAGAGUUUGUUGGGUGAAGCAGAGGAGGAGGAAGACGAAGAGGAUAUUCUUGGCAGCAUUGUGGAUGAUGCAACCUUCAUCACGGCCUACACUCAUGAACGAAUGUCCACGGUUGCGGAAGAAGUGGAUACCAUUCUCGAUCCCACCUUGGAAGAACGGGAUGAUGACGAUGAUGAUGCUACCAUUUUGACUCUUAUCAAGCCAGAAGACGCCAUCCAGAGUGACGAUGCCGACUUUGCCAUGCAGCCUGCCGUCAAGACCCCCGACAAUGUCCCCUACAUUCCACGAGCGGUUCAAGUCGAAAAGGUACAAUUGCAGUUGCAAGUCCAGGUGUUUCGUUUGGCUCGGACGUGCCUUCAGGGCAAGGCCUUGCGCAUCAAAGCGGCUGCCACCGUCAAUCCCUACUUUCAAGUGGAAUUCUAUCACGAACCCACCGACGUGUCGAUCGUCUUGCACAAGUCCGAUGCCUUUUGUCAACAGAAAGAUGCUCUUUGGAUGCCCGUUCGUUUCGCCAUUGAUGCCUCCUUGGCGCAAUCCAUGGGUAUGCUCUUGUCGAUUGAUGUGUACCACAAGCAUAGUGUCGACGACAGCAAGAAGAAGAAGACUGCUGACGAAAUGAUUGGAGGACAUCAGGCAUCUCCGUGGGAACUAGCGCAAUCGCACAAGAAGAUUCCUCUCAAGAAGGAAGGCCAUCCCAAGACCGUGACAGGGCAGUUGCGAUUGGUGUCCUACGAAAUGACGGAAUUGAACAAGAAGGACUGCUGGCGUGUGUUCUUGUAG